AUGAGCCUUGCCAAUGUGAAACAGGGCGAGAAUGAGAGUUUGAAAAGUUGCAUCCAUCGGUUCAAUAUGGAGACAGCAAAGGUAGGGAGCUUGUCAAGGGGUGAACUCAAAAUGGUCAUCACAGUAGGAGUGUGUCCCGGAAGUAAACUUUGGGAUAACAUGCUCAAGAGAAAAGUUGCAGACUUGGAUGAUUUUUAUGAGAGAUUGCAGAUAUACAUCAGAGUCGAAGAUGGGCAUGAGAACCUCAAGGUUGGAAGGAUGGGACCCUCACCAAACUCUUUACCUCAAGACACCUCCGAUGACGUGAAGAAAAGGAUACAUGACAACCCAAGAGAUGACCGCCCAAAGAAGAGCAGACAUGGGAACAAGCCCCGACCUUCCACAUAUACAUUCUACAUAGAAUUGAUGAACUCAAGGGAACAUAUAUUCAUCACCAAUGAGAAUCAAGUCCCAUUGAAGAAGCCACCACCCAUGAGGCAUGAUAGGUCAAAGAGGGACCCAAUCAAAUAUUGUCAAUACCACAAAGACAUAGGCCAUACCACCGCGGAGUGUACCCAUCUAAAGAUUGAGAUUGAAGAGCUCAUUCGCAGGGGGCAUCUUGGUAGGUAUGUGAGGAGAAAUAAUCAGAGACUAGAUGAUUAA